AUGGAGCUAGCCGGCGGCGGCGCUGCCGCUGCCGCCGCUGCACCCGCGCCAUGCCAACGGAAGGGGCCGGAGCUGCCCGCACCCGCGCCGCACUACCGCCCAGCCUUCCUUCCUUCCUUCCUGGCGUUUAUGCAGCGGCAGUGGCAAGCAGAUGGGGCAGAGUCCGUGCGGCUGGGGGAGGGCGCCGGUAGCGGAAGGGACUGGGGCGGCUGCGGCGUGGCUUGCGGUGGUGACUCGUGGGUGGAUGGAGUGCGGUGGUGGGUGGACAAAGGAGGUGAAUUUGGGACGAGUAGAGACGCAGACACGGACGGUGGAGAAUUUUCAAUUGACCAGAUAGGCAGAGACGCGUGGCACGGCGGGAGAGGGAAAAAAUUGGCGGCGGCUGAAAAAUUUGGUGAUAGGUAA